AUGGGAAGAGUCAACAAACCGGAAUCUCUCUCAGAGAAAAAGAAGCAGAAGAAGAAGAAGACGAAGAAGACGAAGACGAUGAAGAAGCGAACGGUUUACGCAUGGGGAGCGGCAAUUGUGAUUUUCCUUGUUCUAAUGAUCGUCACUCCCACGAUUCCUCAAUCUCAGGCCUACCACGAUUUCGCCGAUCAACGUUCUUUCCUCGGGAUUCCGAAUGCUCUGAACGUCAUUUCCAACUUCCCUUUCCUCAUCAUCGGCCUUGUCGGUCUCGUCCUCUGCUUUUACCCAGAUGAUUACUUCAGAUUCAGGCGCGUGAUUAUCGACUUCUGUAUCUAUCUUAGUGAAACAAACAAAUCAAAAUUGAAAUUAGUGAAAUCUGUUUUGCGAGGUGAGAAAUUGGGAUGGACUUGCUUUUUCGUCGGUGUGGCUGCUGUUUCUUUCGGAUCUUCUUACUACCAUCUCCACCCAGACGAUGCACGUCUCGUCUGGGAUCGCCUUCCCAUGACUAUUGCCUUCACAUCCAUCAUGGCUAUAUUUGUAAUCGAGAGGAUUGAUGAACACAAGGGUACUUACUCAAUUGUUCCAUUGCUCCUCGCUGGCCUCGUUAGCAUUCUGUUUUUCGAUGAUCUUCGUCCAUAUGCUUUAGUCCAGUUUGUUCCCUGCAUUGUCAUUCCACUUAUGGCUAUUCUGUUACCUCCAAUGUAUACACAUUCCACGUAUUGGCUAUGGGCUGCAGGAUUCUAUCUCUUAGCCAAGGUGGAAGAAGCUGCAGAUAAGCCCAUAUACAGCUUCACGCAUCAUAUUCUUAGUGGCCAUUCUAUAAAGCAUUUGUGCGCCGCUAUGGUCCCUGUCUUCCUUACCCUCAUGCUCGCCAAAAGAACCGUUCAAACCGAAAGGAUUAGCUUGUACAAGGCGUGGAAGAUAUCAUGGACGAGGAGUAGAGGGAAGGGAUCCGAGGAAGAGAGCUUCGAGUGCACCUACUCCAACGUAGCGGUCGAAGAGACUCGAUCACCGGCUAAUAGAACUGGUUAUAGGAAGUAG